UCUGUAAUACGUAAACGAAGAAGAAACGGCUAGAGAAGAAACGGCUAGCAAGGAAACAAUUUGUUUAAUGUCACUCACGAAGUUGAAAGGCGUGAGUGGUUUUUGAGUCUGCCACCCAGGCAGCUCAGUGGGACUUCCAGAGUUGCUACUGAGCUAUAGGCCUUGUGUAAAUAGCGAGUCUUUAAAGGGAAUGGGCGUCACGUAUUGAGGAAAUCGGGCAAAAAGAGUCGCUAUCUGGAGUGCUAGCCGCUGUCAUCCUCAUCAAGGAGAGUUCUUUGUUUUGUUUCUUAGCUCAGUGCAAUCAUGAAACGAAGCUAGCUUGUGGUUAUUUUUGUUUUAUUUUUUUUACUGUUGGCAUUUAACAUGUGUACAGGAGUUGUAUAACCCUGACAGGAAUGUAAAGGUGUUUUUUUUUUUUUUAAUAAACCUGAGCAGGUAACAAUUCCUGGGACGGAACACUUAACUUAAUAUUAGCCGACCCAGAGCAACUUUAGCAGCCCGGUCGGGAUUGUUUUUUUUUUUUUUUUGUAACGUCGGCCCUGAUAAGGACUGGAGACACGGAAAUAUGGGCAACUGCCUGAAGUCCCCAACAUCCGACGACAUCUCCCUGCUUCAUGAGUCCCAGUCCGACAGGGCGAGUUUCGGCGACGGGACGGAUCCCGACCUGGAGCCGCCUCCUCCGUACCAGGAGCAGGCUCACAUGCCCAUGUACCACCCGACACCCAGCCAGGCCCGUCUGGCCACCCAGCUGACGGAGGAGGAGCAGAUCCGCAUAGCUCAGCGCAUCGGCCUCAUCCAGCACCUCCCUAAGGGCGUCUAUGAUGGAGGGCCAGACGGUUCAGAGAAGAAGAUCAGAGAAUGUGUGAUCUGUAUGCUGGACUUUGUUUACGGCGAUCCCAUCCGGUUUUUGCCCUGUAUGCACAUCUAUCACAUGGACUGUAUAGACGACUGGCUGAUGAGAUCCUUCACCUGCCCGUCGUGCAUGGAGCCCGUGGAUGCCGCCCUGCUCUCCACCUACGGACCGACCGAUUUCUCCCCAGACGCUUAGAUCACGCCCCGGCCCCUGCGGCAGACCCCCCCCGAACCUAAACAGCUGCCCUCUUGUCGAGUGAGAGAGAGGAGUUCAGAGACGCGUCCGGGUUACCUUGCACUUUGGAAAUUUCAGAAUUUAUUCUCCCAACGUUGGCCUUUCAUUCCUCCGAGGUCUGAUGCUGAUUUAAGCGGGUCUUAAAACAUCAGUGACGAGUCAGUCAGAGGCGGUUCCCGUGCAUGGUUGUGCUUCUUCUGCGUGUUCGUUUUUGCCCAGGCUGUGUCGUGUGUUGCAGCAGGUUGAAGAGCACGUCGGAUUCGCGAUGCUGCGUGUGUGUCUGUGUGAACUGUGCGUUAGAUUUUCACCUGAGCUGGUCUCGCUUCACCAUAACGUUAUCACCACGUGAUCAAGAGAAUGGAUUCAAAUGAACACAUAGUUUAUCAGACGGUUGACUGUUGAGCUAGACAAAUGGAAUAUGUUACUGCAACACUGAUUCCCUUAACGUACUCAAGCUUAAAAUGACCCUUUCUUUCUGUGGUAUGCAAAUGCUAAAACUUACACUUGUGGUGUUAAAGAUGGAGUCCAGAUUACAAAAGAUAUACAGAAGUACAACAGAAAUCACUCAAAAAUACGGACCGCAUAUUUGUUACAUGAAUGUUGCACCGGAUUGUGUGCAGGUUUUCUGUCGAGGGCUGAUCUGUGCAUGGGCGGCAGGGAGGAGUCAGUCAAACAUUAGAAAUGCUUGCACACACACACCUUUCAUCCGAUCAGAGAUUUGCACUUUACUUAUAGGACAUUAUCUAAAACAAUAUAAUAAUAUAUUUACCUUGUAACCUUGCACUAUCAAAACUUCUUUCUUUUUAAUCUCCUGAGAUGCAGGAGUUGUAUAGCGGAUAAAAGAUAUUUCCCUACUGUCAGUAGUGAGUAAGCCUGAAUAUGCAUUUCAUAAAAUCGAUGAUUCUGCAGUGUGAACAUCUUGUUUUGUUUUUGCAUUUUUAGUUGUUUUUGUUUUUUUUUCUUCUAAGAGAAGGGACAGAGGCUUGCUUGGGGUGAAGGGAAUAGUUUGACACUUUCAGAUCAGGAGUUUCCUGAAAGAACAAUGAGGUCAUGCAUGUACUGCAGACACGUGGAUGCAUUGGUAUCAAACGAAUGAAAAUCCAAAAUAUAUUAUCUCAAGUGUAAAAACGGCAACAUCCACCCAUCAGCAAGAUGCUUAGUAUGACUUUUUCUUUCUUUUUUUGGUUUUGGUUCAUAUUCUUCAUCUUGAUUUUUUUCUUUGUUGUUAUUAUUUUGAGUCUCUUCUUGUGCUGUCAGUCUUUUGCUAGAAACUAGCCAGUUUAGAAGAGAUGCACUGAUCAGCCAUUUCCGCUCAAUACAGACUUCCAUUUAAUCUUUUUUUGUUUUGUUUUUUUUCAUGGCUUGUAACAUAAGAGGACAUUUUUUUUUCUGUUUUUUGAUAGUAAUUUUGAAUCAAGCAGAAAAUGAAAGAAUUGCAAUGUAAUCCUAAUUUAUGCUAUGAUAAGCAUAUGUGCUUAAACUUUAUUUGAUUUUUUUUUAUUAAACUUGGGCAAAAAAAAAAGUGCAUCAAAGUACGUGCUGUUGAUUGAUGCUUUUAUUGACAGGAAAUGGUGGGAGUCUUAGUUUUGAAGCAUUUAGAUGGGGGAGAAAAUGCUUCAGUACUUGAGCUGCCAAUCACUGAUCAAGGGAAUAUUGGCUGAUUGAUGGGUGCAUCUCUACAAAUCAGCAAAAAACGUUUAACUUUUCCUGUGUUUAAAAUAGGAGGCUAGAUUCAUUUAUUCACCACAGAUAUUUAUUUUAUUCUAAGUCACCGUAGCAUUAGUUACCAUCGAUUCUUUACUUUGAUUUGUAGCGAUACGUGAUUGUUUUUGUCUUGUUCAGUUAACUGUUUUUAUUUCACACUUGUGUUAAAUCCACUGCACAUUUAGUGCAUUUCCUUGCUAGCUUUUUACACUGUUUUUUUUUUUUUUUGUUAUACAGUGGCAACCUCUGUCCCAGCGUUGAGUCUUAUUUUAUGGUGUUGGAGGAAAAUCUGAGACACAAUGAUUUCCUCCCACUUUCAGUGUUUUUUGGUUUAUCCUGAACAUUUGAAUUUCUUGUAAUCGUUUUAUUUCUAUCCCUUUGGAAGGUUAAGUCCUUGUGUACACAAUAAAUUGGAGAAGAACUGUU